AUGAAUUCAUCCGAAGAUGCCCAGGACCUUGAACAGUGCUUCAACAAGGCCCACAAAGACUUCACAGCCACAUUAAAGAGCCUCAUACACACCCUACAACACGAUGGCUUUACCAUGGAGAAUUGUUGGGAAGUCUGCGACCAACUCGAUCUUCUUGAUUCUCUCCUAGGUGAUAUGGAUGAACUUGGUCCGGAGAUGGUAUUGGAGGCUCCACAACAGCCCACCAUGCGCGGAUUACCUAGAUCUUACUUUCUGGACUAUAAAUUCCAGUUUGAUUGUCUUGGUAUCCAGACUGGAUUGGAUGAUGUUCGAGGUAUUUUGGCCGAGUGCUUUUACGACGACUGUGCUGAGCUUGCUUGUAUCGGGUUGGAAAGUUUGCUGGCCAGGUUUCCAUUCUAG